UUAUAGGAACCUGACACACACAAUGAUACAGUCACCAUCCAGACACAUCCCUUGUCUGUUACUGGAAAAUGUCCCAGAAUUCCCAGCACCGCUCACCUCUCCCCGUCAACAGCUCAAUGAUCUUCUUGGUGACUUCUAGGAUCUUCUUGUCAAUGUUUCCCUCGGGUGGCAAGGAGGGAGGUGGGGAUUUAUUGGACCUCUUCCUCCCAGAAUCCUCCUCACCUCUCCGUUCAGGUCUGUGUUUUAAUAAUAAAGAUAAGAGUGAUGUCAUGUGACCUCCCAGAAUCCUCCUCACCUCUCCGGUCAGCAGAUAGAUGAUCUCCAGUGUGAGGUUUAAGAUAUUCCCAGACACAUCUUGGUCCAUCCUACAGU